AUGGACACGGGCGUCUACUCCAACACCCUCUUGUAUUGGUACUCGACCAUGGCCGGCAGACAAGGCGGAAAGCUCAAGCCUCUCAAGGCUCCCAAGAAGGAUAAGAAGGAUCCCGACGACGACGAUGUCGCUUUCAAGGAGAGGAAGAAGGCAGAGGAGGCAGCCCUGAAAGCUGCUCGCGACAAAGCUGCAAAGGGCGGUGCUCCUGGCGGUGGAAUCAAGAAGUCCGGCAAGAAAUAG